GGAGAGAGAGUCGCAGGCAGAGGUAAGCCAGAGACGGUACGGUGUGGGGCUGUAGCUACGGUGUCAGCGGCAAGUAUGAGAGGAGACAAGUUUACGAGCUGAAGCUGGCUGAUUGACAGCCUCUGUCGCAUUCUGUGGAGGGACCACUUGUACCGGCGGACGUCGAGAAGACGCGGUGUAGCCUGUGCGACUAAAAAAACCUAAACUAAACCUUUAAAAACAACUGGUGGACACACGGGGUUUGUGGAUAGACGUUGGCAGCGGCGGCGGCAGGAGCAGGGAGAGAGUGUGAGUGCUUUGGCGGCGUUCCCGCUGCUAGAGAAACAUGAACAAAAACCACCGAGUGCCGAGCAGCCGUUCUCUGAAUGCAGUGGAGGUGAAGAGCAAGUUUGGUGCAGAGUUUCGUCGGUUCUCUCUGGAACGGUCCAAGCCAGGCCGCUUCGAUGAGUUCUACGGUCUCCUGCAGCACGUGCAUCGCAUCCCCAAUGUGGAGCUGUUGGUGGGCUACGCUGACGUGCACGGUGACCUACUGCCCAUCAACAAUGACGACAAUUACCACAAGGCCAUCUCCACAGCCAACCCUCUACUCAGGCUGUUCCUCCAGAGGAAAGAGGAAGCUGAUCAUGGAACAUUUGGUACCGAUUCCCUGACCAGGAAGAAGAACACUGUGCUUUCUGCGGUUCUUCUGCGGCCUGAUCACAACAAGAAAAAACCUCCAGUGAUAAUCAGCCUCCCUAAAGACUUCCGGCCUGUAUCGUCCAUCAUCGACGUCGACAUCCUCCCAGAGACGCACCGACGUGUUCGUCUGUACAAGCACGGCCAGGAAAAACCACUGGGUUUCUACAUCCGCGAUGGUUCCAGUGUACGGGUCACCCCACAGGGCUUGGAGAAAGUCCCAGGAAUAUUCAUCUCUCGCUUGGUGCCAGGCGGGCUUGCGGAGAGCACCGGCCUACUGGCGGUUAAUGACGAAGUGCUGGAAGUGAAUGGUAUCGAGGUUGCUGGGAAGUCGCUGGAUCAGGUGACAGACAUGAUGAUCGCCAACAGCCACAACCUCAUCAUCACCGUAAAGCCUGCCAACCAGCGGAACAAUAUCGUUCGUAGUGGAGUAGGCGGAGGAGGGGGUGCAGCAUCUGGUAGUUCAGGACGCUCAUCAGACAGCGGCGCCAGUUACUACGGCUACUCGUCACACAGUGCUGCAGCCUCCAUACCACCACACAUCAUCCAGAACUUCCCUGUUGGGGAGUUGGAGAGCGAUGAAGAUGAAGAGGACUUGGUAAUCGAGGCUGGAGGCGAGGCUGAGCCAAUCAGACAUGUGGCCUCCAACCACAGCAUGAGCUCACUGCCUCGUUACGAACCACACCUCAACCUCCGCACCGCCACCACUUCCACCUUCUCCAUUAACACCAAUGGGACCCUGCCCACCAGCGGCAGCAGUAGUUCCCUAAGCAACAUCAAGGCUACAACGCCGUCCCCAGACAGAGCCAUGGAGAGGGGGAGUUUGGAGGAGGACGGUACUGUUAUAACGCUGUAGACUGGACAUUCUGGACAUUUUACACACUACACACUGGAGACCAGAGAAAUAAACACUCUUGUACUUUAACACACAUGGAGGGUUGAUGGAGAAAUCAAAUAAAACCCAGGAACGUACAGUUCCAUCUCACAGUGACUAAACCUGAGAAGCACAAACAUACGUCUGCGUAUUACAUCUCGACCUACUAAAUUUGUCCUUUCACAUCAAACACUACACCCCCAUACUUUGCUCUUCUGAAUGCCAAUGACCACAUAUUUGUGCCAUAGCAGUGACAGCCCCCAUUCCUGGUUCUGCAGCCACAAAAACAACAACAGAAAACCCCCCUGAAAAUGUCCACUGUUUCUGUUUAUUCUAAACGCACCUGUUUUUAAUCCCAUAACUGUUAUUCCGCCGAACUUCCUUUAGCGGGCAGAGAUAGGAAGCCCAUCCAUACCCAUUACAUAUUUCCUCUUUUUAAGUCGUGCUAACAAGCUAAUAUCACCCGUAAAGCAAAAACACUGUUUUUUCUUUUUCUCUUGUCACUCUGAAGCAUGCUUUGAUCGCCUGCCUUCUCCCAGGUAACCACAGCAUGAGUGCAGAAUUUUCCCUCACAAGGCACAGCAAACAACUAUGCUGAGCUCUGGAAAAAAAAAAUACACACACACACACACACACACACACACACACAUAUAUAUAUAUAUAUAUAUAUAUAUAUAAAAAAAUUAUUUUUUUUGGGAGGAGAAUCCCAUAUAGAAGAAGUAUUGUUUUCUUUGUGCUGGCUCAGAUGGCAUUAAACACUGCUGUCUAUACUUGAUGUGACAAUGACUGAUAAUGAAAGAUUGGUGAUUUUGAUAAAUAUUUGCACAUCUUGUCCUUGGGCUUUUCCUAUCCUGUCUUUAUUAUUAUUAUUAUUAUUAUUAUUAAUACUUGGAUCCCGCAAGUGACAGUGCUGUUUUUUAUUUGACCAGUUAGAAGUUGUUGGACUAGGAAAUCUUCUAGUUAAUUUCCCUGUUGUAUUUCAUUCAUAUUGAACUUUUCCUUAUCACGACAAGGGCUAUUUCCCCUGCUGCAUGUAUACAGAAGAAACGAUGUGAAUGGGAUUUUUAAUUUAGUUUGCAAUAGUGUUCCCCUCUUCCUUCUUUUUGGACCAUAACUCAGUACAUCUAAUCUGAGUGCCGUCUCAUUGCAACAUGUCUUGCUUUUCAUUGUAUUAUUAUUGAAUUCAGUUAAUCACUUAAGAUAAUGUAACUUAACAACUGUCUUUACAGUGGCUACUAAGGACCCCAAAGCACUUUACACAACCAGUCAUCCACCCAUUCACACACACAUUCACACACUGGUGAUGGCAAGCUACAUUGUAGCCGCAGCUGCCCUGGGGCGCACUGACAGAGGCUGACAUGAAGGAGUGGGUUAAAAUGAAUGGCUCACAUAGUCAGAAGUGAAAAACUUCCUGGUUCCAAAGUACGCCCUUGUAGGACUGAGUCACGGUGAAACAAACACACACGCAAGGCAAAAGCUGAUUCACUCUCUGUAUUUGAUAAAGGUGAGGCAGGGCUGGCUUGUGUACAGAAUAUCUUGGCCCUGACCUGCAUUUUUGUGGUUUCAGUAGGAUGAUUUCUUGUCUGUAAUGAACGUCCGUUUACUUUGAUUUUUUUCUACCAUUCAGUUUGAAUUCACUCAGACAUUUCACAAUGUCUGAGUGAAGAAGUAACUCUCACAGUUCCUGUUCAUAAAGCAGAUCCACAACAUUUAUUGAAAGCACACUAUAGAUCCACCAUUACCAUUACAAGCUGCUGCCUCCCUGAAGUGAGAGCAGAUGGUCUAUUAUUUCUUUCAUUGAUUUUUUUUUUUCCUGUUAAAAGUUUUAACCCUGACUUUAGCAUGGAUUUUAUCUCACCCACAAUAUCAUGGCUGGCACACACUGCACUUCCAGUGAAACACCACUGCACUAAUGUUUAUCAUUUAUAGCUCUGUUUAUUGUUUAUUACACAGUGAAUCAUUUACUAGAAACCUUCACACAGGUUGUGUAUAACCACCCACUUGUUUAUUGUAACUUAUAUGUGUAAGGUACUGUGUUUUGGGCCUUUUUAUGGUACAGCACAUGCUGGUGGGACUUGUCUUCUUUCAUUCCCGAUCUUAAAGCACAGCGAUGAGUCGUACUUUGGAUGGAAGGCUUUUAGAAGUCACUGUUAAUUUAUUUCCUCUACUUUUACCACAGGACACUGGGAUUGUAACCACAGCAACAUUUUUAUUUAUUCUCUAAUCAGAUGUCGGCAUAUUUUUCUUUCUUUGUACACAUUUUAUGACUUUAUUUUUAUAACUGAUAUAUUGUUUAUCUGUGAUUGUUGUUUUUGGUCAUAAAUCUCACGGUACAGUAGAUUUUUAUUGUCCAUUAGAGAUGAUUUCAGUAGGUGAUUUUACGGUUCUGGCUGAAGCAACAGGAGAGUCUGUGCAAGACAUGACACCAUUAUUGUUUUUGUUUUUUUUCAUACUGUGAAUUAUGAUUUCUGUGGAAUAAAAACAUGUAUUAAAGCAACCUUGAAACAGGCUAAAUGUUUUACUCUGUCAGAAAUUUUUUAAGUGAUCGAGCAAUGAUUGUUGCUUGCCAGAUAAAUUCUAUGUUUUAGACUUGUAAUGAAGAUUGUCUGUCAGUAUUUUCAUAUUGAUGCUUUUAUUUAUCUAUAUAUAUACCUGUAACUGCUGAUUGGAGGAACUGGAUAAAAUAUAAAAUAAACUAAUAUGUAGCAAUA